CAUUCUCGUUACAUCUUUUCUCAUCGGCAGAGAAACGAAACACGAACUACCAAGCCAUUCUCGAAGAUUUAUCACAUCGUGACGGUCUCUCGUUUAUUUGGAUCAAUCAGGAAGAAAACAAAAGCUUUUCAAACAUUCGAAGCCAAACUCUUUCAACAAUAGGAUUUAAUCUGUCAUGUUUGGUGGUGGUCGUAAAAAGAAUGAUGAUAGUCAAUCCCUAUCCUCGGUCAUGAGUCCUGAAAACGCUCCAGCCAGCAAAGGCAAAGGUGGCAAUGUAAUGGGAUUCGAUCCGGAAGGAUUGGAACGUGCCGCUAAAGCGGCCCGCGAGCUUGAUGCUAGCAGGAAUGCUGCCAGUGCCAUCGAGCUAAUCAAGACACAAGAGGUGACCAAACAACACGAGGCAUCUGCGAAACGAGCCGAGAUGGAAGCCUAUACCGUGCAACAAAGAUCCCAAAACAUCGAGCGUGAGGCCGAAGAAGCACGCAAAACCCUUGACGCCCAAACUCAACACGAACGUCACCGAGCCGAAUAUAUGGAUGAAUUGGAACGAAAAAGACAAGUCGAUAUGCUUAACGCACAAAAGUAUAUGCAAGAGUGAGUUCUUGAAGUCUGUGACAGCGAUUUCAAAUCAACGAAGAGGAAAAUAUUUUGUCAACUUGAUGCCGGAGUAGUCGACAUUUAUUGACCGCUAUGUCUUUGAACGAUUCUGAUUUAUUCUUGUUCUUACUUUGUUCCAACGUUGCUUUCUUGCGACGAAUGAUCCCAAUUUGCGUAAAUUUCAACUAAAAUACAAUUUACAGAGAACAGCUCAAAAAGCAGGAGGAAAUGGUUGCACGACAAGAGGAAAUGCGUCGAAAAACAGCAGAGCACGAGGCGGCUUUGAAGACCAAAAUGGAAUUGGCAAAAGCACAAGCGCAAGCGGAUGGGCGGAUCCGUCAGGAACGUGAAAACCACGAUUUGAUCCUGGAAAAACUGAAACAGGAAGCAGCCGAAAAACGCGACACCGUGUUGAAGGGUAUCCAGGAUGCUGGAAAAAUGAUUGGAGAGGGACUCCAAUCGUAUCUGGACGAUACCACGAAGCUACGAAACACGGCUUUGACAGUGACUGGGAUUGCUAUCGGUGUUUACACAGCCCGUACUUCGAUCGGAAUUGGGGGGCGGUUUAUUGAAGCAAGAUUGGGAAAACCGAGUCUUGUCCGUGAAACAAGCCGCUUCAGUUUUGGACAACUGGCAAAACAACCGGUCCAAACGACGAAACGUUUGUUUGGAGUUGGCACUCAAGAAAAGGAUGCCUUGAAGGGUAUCGUGUUGAAACCCGAGUUGGAUUCACAGCUCACCAAAAUCGCGGUAUCUACAGCUAAUACCAAAAAGAACAAGGCCCCAUUUCGCCACUUGUUGCUACAUGGUAAGUUUUGAUUCAUUGUGCGACUUUAGUAUUGUUCUAGGAACAAGAACCAUUGGAUGUUUUAUCUUUCAUAUCUAAUCUGAGAUGUUCUUUCUUCCCAAUUGCACCUCUACGAAAGGUGCCCCGGGUACUGGGAAAACCAUGUUUGCUCGUG